CCUCCUUUGGGAUGGAUCUUCCUGUGGUUCGUUAAGUGAGAAAAUCUCUCUCUCUCUUUCUAUCAAUACUUCUGUUUCUCUACCUCUCGACCUCUUUCCUAGUUUUAGAACACAGUGUUCCCUACCUUCAACUGACAAUACAGCAUCAAGAAGGCUACAAAGUCUGCGGUCAGGCGACAAGUAGAAAACGGCCGCAAUAUUUGCAGACGACGAAAAUAAUUAAUGACAACAAUUUUGCCACCACCUCCUCCGCUGUUUCUUCUUUAUCUUCUCCUACACUAAAGGCCAAGACGAAUACUUCCACCAUUAUGCCACUGGCCCAGUCUCACCCAUGGCAGACCAUGAAAUUUAAGGAAGAAGAAGUGAACAGCCAAGAAGUUGAAGAUAUGGUCACUGAUCAGCAACAGGCUGGAGCACCAGGAGGUCCAUCUUCAAAUAGCACAGAAACUGAGAUAAACCUGGCUCAUGCAGUUGAGAGAGGCAGCCUGCCAAAAGCCGACCCAUCACAGUUUGAAUUAGUUAAAGUGUUGGGCCAAGGAUCAUUUGGGAAGGUAUUUUUAGUAAGAAGACUGGUAGGACAUGAUGCUGGUAAGCUCUAUGCUAUGAAAGUAUUGAAGAAAGCGACGCUCAAAGUUCGUGACAGAAUAAGAACAAAAAUGGAGCGAGAUAUACUAGCUGAUGUCCGUCAUCCUUUUGUGGUAGCUUUAGAAUACGCCUUUCAAACCGAGGGAAAGCUAUACUUAGUUUUGGAAUUUCUUCGAGGUGGAGACCUUUUUACACGUUUAUCCAAAGAGGUCAUGUUCACAGAAGAGGAUGUCAAGUUUUAUUUGGCUGAAUUGGCACUGGCCCUUCACCACUUGCAUGGACUGGGUAUUGUGUACAGAGACUUGAAACCAGAGAAUAUUUUGUUAGAUGCGGAUGGACACAUUAAACUGACAGAUUUUGGUCUCAGCAAGGAGUCAGUGGAUGAUAAGAAGACUUUUUCAUUCUGUGGUACGGUGGAGUACAUGGCGCCAGAGGUCGUCAACAGGAAAGGUCACGAUAUAACGGCCGAUUGGUGGUCAUUCGGAGUGUUAAUGUAUGAGAUGUUAACUGGGUCUCUGCCUUUUCAAGGCGAGAAUAGGAAAGCAACCAUGAACAUGAUAUUAAAAGCUAAGUUGGGUAUGCCACAGUUCCUGUCACCUGAGGCUCAGUCUCUCCUUAGAGUACUCUUCAAACGUAACCCUCUCAAUCGCCUGGGCUAUGGAACCAAUGGGAUUGAUAAUAUAAAGGCACAUCCUUUCUUUAAGAGCAUCAACUGGGACAAACUGUACAAACGAGAAGUGAUGCCACCUUUCAAGCCGGCCUGUGGAAGUGCCGACGAUGCAUUUUAUUUUGAUUCGGAAUUCACAUCACGAACCCCGAAAGACUCUCCAGGUGCUCCAGUCAGUGCUCAUUCUAAGGAACUCUUCCGUGGGUUUAGCUACGUUGCACCUUUAUUAGGAAUGGAGGUUGAUGAUCCCAGUAGUAGUUCUAAUGGUAUUAAAGUUAAAUCAGGUGCAGCUGGGGUUGCUAGUGCCCACAUGUCAACUCUGGGUUCACCGUUACCAGUAAGAACUACUGCCAUUAAUGAUGACUAUGACAUUAAGGAGGAUAUGUUAGGCUAUGGCUCUUACUCCAGGUGCGUUAGGUGCAUUCACAGAGCAACCAAUCAGGAGUUUGCCGUCAAAAUAAUAUCAAAAGAGAAGUCAACACGCGAUGUUGAUGAAGAGAUUGAGAUUCUUCUUCGCUAUGCUCCACAGCACGAGAACAUCAUUAAACUGAGAGAUGUAUAUGAUGACGGUACUUAUAUCUACAUGGUGAUGGAGCUGAUGAGAGGCGGUGAGCUUUUGGAUAAGAUCAUCAGCCAAAAGUUCUUCUCUGAAAAAGAGGCAGCCGCUGUUCUGGCCAUAUUGACUGAUACAGUUAGUUAUCUUCAUCUGAAAGGUGUUGUUCAUCGUGACCUCAAGCCCUCCAAUAUUCUAUAUGCCGAUCCCUCUUGCUCGCCUCGCUCACUCAGGAUAGCUGAUUUUGGUUUUGCUAAGCAGCUCCGGGCGGAGAACGGUCUCCUUAUGACGCCUUGUUAUACCGCCAACUAUGUUGCACCUGAAGUCCUUAAGAAACAAGGAUACGAUGCCGCCAUUGAUAUAUGGAGCUUAGGAGUAUUACUGUACACAAUGCUCGCUGGUGAGUGUCCAUUUGCAGCAGGUCCUGAUGAUGGCCCCGAUAAGAUUCUCUCGAGGAUCAGCGAAGGUAAAAUCAAUUUGACCGGCGGGAACUGGGACACAGUCUCGGCUGCUGCCAAGGACCUUGUACUACGAAUGCUUCACGUUGAUCCACAGCAACGCUGCACUGCUGCUCAGAUUUUACAGCAUCCAUGGAUCACUUCCAGGGAUUCGUUACCAGACCAUAAACUAUCUUUUAAAGGAACUCAAAUCAAGGGUGCCCUGGCAGCAACAUUCUUUGCUCUUAAUCAACCGCCCUCGGCUAAAUUGGAACCAGUUUCAAAUUCUUCUAUGCUGCAGCGACGCAAGAAAGUAGAGUCGUCUUCUUCAAAUAUGUCAUAAGAGGUAGCACUAAUAGCUGUAGAACUGUCUCUUCUCUUCUUCUUUCAAUUAUAUCUUCAAAAACUACUUAACUAUCAUUUUCAGUAAUUUUACAUGUACUGUAUUUUAUUAUUAUUAUUAUUAUUAUUAUUAUUAUUAUUAUCUCAAGUUAAUUAUAGUUUUAGCAUAUUUUGUGUGCGUUUUUGUGUGUAGAAUUUUAACGUUUAAUUUCAUGGACUUCUAAUAAUCAAACUA